UGUUCACUUCAUCUCGCCACCCACAACAAGAGAAGCGCAUAAGCAAACAAGCAGUACUAGCUCGAGCACUUCUCUUCUCAACGUAGUGCAAAGCUAGCAGAGGCAGAGUCCAUGGCGACUUCCAUGGGUUGCCUGCUGGUGCUGUCUCUUGUUUCUCCUUUGCUCCUGGCCGGCGCGGUCCACGGCAACCCGUGGUACGGCGGCGGCGGCCUGUUCCCGCAGUUCUACGACCACUCGUGCCCCAAGGCCAAGGAGAUCGUGCAUUCCAUCGUGGCGCAGGCCGUCGCGCAGGAGACAAGGAUGGCCGCGUCCUUGGUCAGGCUGCAUUUCCAUGACUGCUUCGUCAAGGGGUGCGACGCGUCGGUGCUGCUAGACAACAGCAGCAGCAUCGUGAGCGAGAAAGGGUCCAACCCCAACCGCAACUCCAUCAGAGGGUUCGAGGUCGUCGACCAGAUCAAGGUCGCUCUCGAGACCGCCUGCCCCGGCGUCGUCUCCUGCGCCGACAUCCUCGCCCUCGCCGCCCGCGACUCCACCAUCCUCGUUGGCGGCCCGUUCUGGGAAGUGCCGCUCGGGCGCAGGGACUCUCUGGGCGCCAGCAUCCAGGGCUCCAACAACGACAUCCCGGCGCCCAACAACACCCUCCCCACAAUCAUCACCAAGUUCAAGCGCCUGGGGCUCAACAUCGUGGACGUCGUGGCACUCUCAGGCGCGCACACCAUCGGGCUCUCCCGGUGCACAAGCUUCAGGCAGAGGCUGUACAACCAGUCCGGCAACGGCAUGGCAGACAACACCCUGGACGUGUCCUACGCGGCACAGCUGAGGCAAGGGUGCCCUCGCUCAGGCGGCGACGACAACCUCUUCCCUCUGGACUUUGUUACCCCGGCAAAGUUCGACAACCUCUACUUCAAGAACAUUUUGGCCGGCAAGGGGCUUCUCAGCUCGGACGAGGUCCUGCUCACCAAGAGCGCCGAGACGGCGGCGCUCGUGAAGGCGUACGCGGAUGAUGUGGGCCUCUUCUUCCAGCACUUUGCGCAGUCCAUGGUGAACAUGGGCAACAUCUCGCCGCUGGUCGGGGCGCAGGGGGAGAUCAGGAAGAAUUGCAGGAGGCUCAACAACUUCCACUGAUGAGUUAUUUAUAUGUUCAAGUGUACUCGUGUGUGGAGUGGUUGGUGGUGCCGGGUUUUGUUUAAAUAAGCAAAGCGUACGUGGUUGUAAUCUGGGAGGCCCAGAUGGUGUUUUGUUUUCGAAUUCACAAAGAUAUUUGUUCAAUGUAAUGGGGAAAGUCUGUGGCACGUCGCGUUCGAAUUUGUAGCGACCAGUUUGCUUUGAACGUGGUUGGAUAUUUUUUUUGGUAAAUGAA